GUAGCUCUAGUUGGACUUGCUAUAGCUGUUCUGACUUUACUUGUUGCAAUGAUACCCCUCCUCCGGUGCCCACGGUUCUGCCGGUGGGUGUCCUCGGUCUCAGUGUUAUCCUCCGUCGAGGUAUGCCCGCCCCCUUAAACAUAUUUUGUGUAUGAAUUCUCAGUUUUGCAAUACUGCACAGAAAGCUCUCAGAAUUACUCUUCCAAUCUCUCUGCCGGCCCCUAUUGCUCCUCAGGGGGACUCAAGCACCGUCCCAGUGGCUGAGAUCCUUAUACCCGGCCCCGUCUUGAUAUACAAUGACUUUUCCCAUACUCACUUUUUCGGCACCUACCCCGACACUUUCUCGCACGGAAAUAAUCACAUCGCCCGGGAAGAUUUUAGAGUGCCGCAAGUGUGUGUGGAGGAAUCGCUAGGGGUGAGAAGACCUGAGCCGGUAGUCACCUGGCGGUUCCGGUAGGGACAGACGUUUUGUGUGGCUAUGGGGACCAUAAUACUCCGAUCUCAUGUGAGUAAAAGUUUAUCUAACGCCUUUCCCUCCACGUUCGUUGCCGCACGUGCACGAUAUCUGUUUACUUUAACAUUUCUAACAUUUCCUGUCAAGUAGCUUAAGUAAAUCACGCCAUCUAUGAAUCUAUGACUGCUUGUCGGAAAAGGGCAAGGCGUUCGCGGGUUGGUUGUUUUCCAUGUUGUGGCGUUGCUAUAGUACUUUGGAAAAACAUGAUAAAAUCACAGCACGAUGUAAAACACUUGCGCUGGUUCCUUUG